CUGCAGCCGAACAGACGAAAAACCAUGGAGCGCAACAAGACGCGUUGGAGAGAAUCACCGAGCGGGCGCGGAAAGUGUCAGUUUCAGUCGUGUUUGUAAGUUACUUCCAGCGAGAGUGGACAGACUUUUGGAACAUCAGCAGGUGGAGAGUGAUUCUUCGUUUUCUUUUUUUUCUCCAAGCGUGCGUAAACUGAUUGGAGUGGUCGGGGAAAGAAAAUAGCCUUGGAGUGUCCAGCGGCUACCAAAGAACGGGAGGGAGGCUAGUUAGUUUUUAAAACAAGCUCUGAAGUGAAGAAGAGUGCCUGCUGGAUAGAAAGGUGGAUUGGUGGAUACCGUUUGGAGAAUGCGCGCUGCGUAAAAGCCCCCAUAUCGCUUACAUGUUGUUAUAAGGAACAAUUACUUCUCUUUGAGGAAACUGUGAGCGGAGACCUCCAUAAAGAAAGGAGGCAGUGGUCUUAAAUUGAAAGUGAGUUACUACUGAACAGUUACCAGCCAUGGUGAAGUUCCAUAACUCAGAUCUAUGGAUAGCCUGGAUGGUCAUUUUCUGCAUGGAGGGUUCAAGGUUUGAUCUACACACAGGAAAAGUCUGUGUGCAGGCACUAGAUGUGACAAUGUCCCAGCGCAGUGUCCAGGUGGCUCGUGGCCAAGCAGCCAUCCUGCCCUGCUCCUUUACCACCAGCGCUGCCCUCACCAACCUCAACAUCAUCUGGAUGGUGACACCGCUGUCCAAUGCUUACCAGCCAGAGCAGUCAAUGCAGGUGAUAAUUUACCAGGGCGGUCGGGUCUUCAGCCUCUCCAACCACCUCAUCGGUCGUGUGGGCUUCGUUGCCACCAUGCCAAGCACAAGUGCCUCCAUCUUCAUCAACAACACCCAGGUGUCCGACACUGGGACCUACCAGUGCCUGGUCAACAACCUCCCAGACAGAGGGGGGCGCAGCAUUGGUGUCGUCGGACUCACAGUGUUGGUGCCCCCCUCGGUGCCAGCGUGUCGAAUCCAGGGGACGCUGGAUGUAGGCAGUGACAUCAUGCUGAUCUGCAAAUCAGAGGAAGGUAUUCCCACGCCGUCCUACUCCUGGGAGAAGCUGGACGCGCUGCCCAAGCUGCCGCACAACGCCAUGCAAGACCAGAUGCAGGGCACUGUCACACUGAGAAACAUCAGCACCACCACCUCAGGACUCUACCAGUGCACAUCCAGCAACGCUAUCGGAAAGAGCACUUGUCUGCUGAACCUGCAGGUUGUUGCACCCCAGCCUCAGAGUGUAGGUCUAAUAGCAGGAACCAUUGCCACAGGAGUCCUGGCAGUCGUCAUCUGUUCCCUGUUAGUGGUGGUCACACUCUUCUAUUGGAAGAACAAGAACAAAUAUGAUGAGGAGGAGAUUCCCAAUGAGAUCAGAGAGGAUGACCUUCCUCCUAAGAGGUCAUCAUCAGUAAAGGCUUUCCAUGCCGACGCGUCCUCCUCAGAGAACGACACGCUCACGUCUACCAACACGUACAACAGUCGUUACUGGCACAACCCCAAACCCAACUAUGACACCAACUCCUACACGCGCUACAAUGGAGACGCUCGCCAGACCUACUCUGCCGCUGCUCACGGCACGCAUGGACACGGCCCAGGCCAGAACGCAGCACAAGGCCACGGCGCAGCAGUGACAGCUCCAGGCUCAACCCCGCUCUCCCGCCACCCCCCGCCCACGACAGCAACGACGUCGUUUGCCAACGGCAGCCACACCCUCCCGCCACCAAAGACUCUGGUGGUCACCACAAACUCUGCCCCCUCCCCUCCCAACAUGGUGCGCAGCAACGGCACCGUGAGCCUCAAACCGGUGGUGACGUCCGCACACGGGCAACACACACACUCCUACGCCGUGAGCCAGGCCACUCUGGAGCGGAUGGGGGCGGUGCCAGUCAUGGUGCCUGCCCAGAGCAGAGCGGGCUCACUUGUUUGAAAUUGAGUUUGAGGAACUGUUAGCUUUCAAAACGAGACUGAAUGAGUGUUCGGUUGCAAUGUUUGAAAUCCGCCGAUGAGAAGCAGACUAAAUAUGGGCUGAAGCAGCCCGCUGCCCUUUACAGCUGUGUCUUUCUGUAUGUCUCGACCUUUUUAUCUCCAAACAAACUGGGAUUUUACAGUGCAGAGUUCAUUUGAUGCCAAUUCCUUGAUGGACCGGUGUUUUUUUUCUUUUGUUUGUUUUUUCUAGAGAAGCACUACGUGGUAUCUGAUCAUCCCCUUAACUGGAUGGAUUUCAUUGGUGGGUUCAGUGGCAACUAUUUUUAAAACCAUCUGGAUGAAUUCCCAAAGCUGGCGUGAAACAUCCUACAGAACCUGGAUUCCCAGGUGUUUUUCAGGGCUGGAUCAUUGUGAUGAUUGAUUUCUUUUGUUUGUUUGUUUUUUAAAGCAACGCACAUCGCAGUGUGUCCAUACUGCAUGGUCAGACAAAAGCAAGCUUGGAUUCUUAAAUAAAUGCAUGUGAUCCCUGAUUCAGAACAUAACAAGUUUGCUUUUUUUUCCCAUUUGUUUGUUCGUUUUUCAUUUUUGUUGUAAUUUUGGUUGAGGGAAAUGAUAGAGAUGAUGAGGAUUAUACAUGAAAACGUGAAUGCUUAAAGUCUGUUGGCAGUACCCCAAAGAUGAAGGUGUGAAUGAAAUGAUGGGGUUUCAAAUGGCCUUAGAAGCUCGUAAAGGCGAGUGGGUGUUACUGGGUGCAAUACAAGGCAAAACAUACAUUAAGUCACUGAAUGAAAAGUUUUAAUAAUAGUUUUACUAACAUUUUGCUUUUCCCAUAACAUCUAAAGUUUAUCACACACACAGAACAGUGGUAAUAUUUGAAGACGGCACCAGAGAAAAAAUUGGUGCCACUUUCCCAACAGAAAGCUACUGUCCACCGGAUGGAGAUGGACCUUAUUGUUUGCUGUCUUUAUUCUUGCUGUUGUCCUAGCCUGGUUCAUGACACAUCACUGCUGCUUUGACAUGAAAUAAGCUGACCGCUUAUUUCAUAAAUGAUUUUUUAAAAACACAGAGAUAAAUAUAUAUUUAAAGCUGAUUUUUUUUCUCUGUCUAAAUAUUUUUUUUAAUGUACAUAUUGCAAAAGUAGGCUAGAUUGUAAAUCAAAGAAAAUACACAUCUAACACAUAUUUUACAGCUCACAUGUCUUAAUUUGAAAACAGGUUUUUUUCUGCUACACUGGUAACAAGCUAGUUUUCAUAGACUGUGCUACUGGUUUCAGUGAAGGGUUUCGUUAGGAGAUGUGGGGUAAAUGCAGUGUUUUAACACGGAUGGCUAUGUGUUUCAUUACAGCUUAUGAUAUGUGUGUUGUAUAAGGUACUGUAUUUCUGACCCACCAUAUUUGUAUUCCAACCAAAUUUCAACAUGUCCCACCUUUCCAAAUUUAGCCAUGUUCAUUUCUUUUUGUGCCUGAAGGCACCGUUUCUUAUAAAUCCUUCUAGCAACGAUGCAAUAUUGGACACAGCCGCUUUUCAAGGUAAAUGCAGUAUUGGAAAAUGUGUGUGUGUUUGUUGGAAAAGUUAAAAUGUGCUGUUUAGCAUUUUGUCUUACUAGACAAAACACUUAGAGAGCAAGUGUUCUGUAACAAAUGCAAUUGUGUCACUUGUGUCACAAAAAAAUGUUUUAUAUAGACGACUUUACUCAUUUAAUCAGGGGUUGAUGUUUAUUUACUUUAACUCUUCGUACAAUUUGCCUACGUACUCUUUUUGGAAAUAACAGGAUUUCUGCACUGAUUACUAAAAAAUGAUUUUUUUUCUUAUUCAUUAGAUACACACUAUCUGACCAAACCGAUGACAAGUAAACAGAUGUGCUCUUCAAGUCUUUGAUAGAAGUAAGAAAAAAAGUUGUCUGUAGCUGAAAAAGCCUCCAUCCAACCACGACACUUCCUCCAACAUGCUUUCCAGCUGCGAUGAGGUUUCGUUGUUUUUGUGCAGUGCCUUUCAAAACAUACUUUGUCUGUUUUUGACAAAAGUUCAAAUUUUCUCAUCAGUCCAUGUACGGGCUCAGAAGUUUUUAAAAACUUUCAGUAGAUGUUUUGAAAGUUUAAAAUCAAGCAUUCUUCUUCUUCUUCUUCUUCUUGUAUUUUUGAUUGGCUGUCAUGUUCUUCCAUUAAAAUCAUUAUAGUGAGAACUGAAGGUGUCUCACUGUUAACCUUUUUUUUUCUCCUACUCUUUCAUUUCACCUCUUUCCAAAACCAAAUUGUAUUUAUCCAUAGCUAUAACUUGGAAGUACGCUUGUACCACAUUUGAUGAGUAAUCAGUUCAGAAAUACUUGCACUUUUCAAAAGGUAACUUAAAGUCAAUAUUUGAACAUUUUUAAAUGAAAUACUGAUUUUCAGUACUCACUUUCAGACGAAUCCCACCAAAUAUUUUGAUAAUGGGAGCAAUAAAUAUCAAGUUAUACAGGCCUAAUAUGUUAUGAUGUUAAUGUCCUGACAGUUACGUGUGCUUCACCAUAACCCAGAAUUGCUUUUCUGACAUUAUAACGGCUGGUACUUUGGAUCUCCAUAUUCUUCAUUUAUUCAGUAUUCAGUUUACAUUAAUCAGUUACUCCAGUAUCAUAAAAUGACUUGCUCAUGUAUGGUCUGACUACAUGGACCCAUUUCUUUCUUUGUUUUCCUUUGUCUACAGUGCUGGAGAGCUACGGCACUUGAACACACUGAUUUUAAAUAGAGAAAGGCUAAACGAGGGCAGAUGGUCAAAGAUCAGUGAUCGCAUCCCCUCCUUUUUGUCUGUCAGUGUUUUCAUAAUAAAGUCUUUGUGAAUAUUUCACUCACAAUCUCUUCCAGUGUCCCUGCCCUGAACACUUUCUGAAAGCAUUACUGAACUCUUAUUCUAAGGCCUUUAGCUUUAUUCCUAAAGAGAAUGGAAAGUUCCAAAAGUAAAACUAAAUGGAGUUUAUUUGUUUUCAAGAGAUAAGGCGGAAAGAGAACACAAUCAGUAGAAAUCUACUGAGGUUUUAACCCAUAUUUAACAAACAUCUUCUGCUGAUGGCUGGCAAGAACGAUAAAUAGACUGCAUUUAUAUGGCGCUUUUCUGGUCUUAGUGACCAUUCAAAGUGCUUAGUGUCAACAAGGUGGUAAAUGGGUUGUGUAUAUAGAUAAAUGUGAUAUAUUGCCAAUAGUGAAACCAAUCUGUAAAUAUGUAAAGAAAAAGAAACACAUCUCAUUCUGACUGUUGGGUUGAAAUGAAAUAGGAAAAAUAACACUGGAGCUUGUAGUGAAUAAAUAUUGUUAAUACA